AUGGCUCCCAGGACAGGUGCUGGGGCUCCACUCACAUCUGGGCUCUGUUUGGGCGUUGAAUGCCAUGCUACCCACCGAACAGUGCUUCUGACUCUCUUUGUCAGUGUGCUGGUGACUUGGCUUGAGGCUGCUAAACUCACUGUGGGCCUUCAGGCCCCCUGGAACAUUUCCCAUCCAUUCAGUGUGCAAAGGCUGGGUGCGGGCCUCUAGAUUGCCCUGGACAAGAUCAACUCCGAGCCCGCGGACCUUGGAAAGUUCAGCUGGGAGUUCGCUUAUACCAACUCAGCCUGUGGUGCCAAGGAGUCUCUUGCUAUUUUUACCAACCAGGUCCAGAGAGAACAAAUUUCUGCCCUGUUUGGACCAGCAUGCCCAGAAGCAGCAGAGAUUAUUGGUUUGCUGGCCUGUGUGUGGAACAUCCCCAUGUUUGACUUUGUUGGACAAACAGCAAAACCGGAAAAUGACUUCUUGUAUGACACCUAUGUGAAACUCGUGCCCCCCAUGCACAAAAUUGGUGGUGUGCUCCAGAAAAGCCUCUGAUACCUGGGCUGGAAACACAUCGGGAUGCUGGGAGGUCACUCUAGGACUUCCUCCUGGGAUGGAGUGGAUGAGUUGUGGAGGGUUGCAGAGAAUGAACUCAGGUCCCAUUUCACCAUCACUGCCAGUGUGAGAUACACCAACAAUGAUCGAGCCCUCCUCCAGGAGAAUCUUAGGAGCAUGUCAGCAACUACCAGGGUUAUCAUCUUAAUCUGCAGCUCAGAGGAUGCCCAAAUUAUUCUGCUGGCUGCAGAGAAGCUGGGACUCAACACAGGAGAAUUUGUCUUCAUUAUUUUGCAGCAGUUGGAGGACAGUUUUUGGAAGGAGGUAUUGACAAAUGGGAAGGUGAUGCACCUCCCCAAAGUCUAUGAGUCAGUGUUUCUCAUCGCUCUCAGCUCCCACGGAGAAGGCCCUGGAGGUGAAGGCUUCCGAACACACUACCAAAGGCUGUGGGGGCCGCCAUUCCACAGCGCCAUCCCCGCAGAGGAGCAGGUGAGCCCUUCCUCUGCCUACCUUCACGACACCAUCCGGCUCUAUGCUCAGACCGUGAGGGAGAUGAUCCAGGCUGGAAGAGAUUUCCGGGAUGGGCGGCAGUUGGUCGGCACUCUGAAAGGUUCCAAUCAGACUGCACUGCAGGGAAUCACUGGCCCCGUGUUUUUGGACUCCCGGGGAGAAAGGUGCAAGGAUUACGCGGUCUAUGCCAUACAGAAAUCGGGAAACCGGUCCCUCUUCCUUCCCAUCCUUCAAUAUGACAGCUACCAGAAAGUGAUCAGACCCGUGAGGAAUUUCUCCAUUAUCACUUGGCCUCAUGGCUCCCUUCCUGAAGACAGACCUGGCUGUGGAUUUUACAAAGAGCUCUGUGAAGCUGAGCCGGCUUUUACAGGUCAGUGUGGGCUCUUAGAUAUGACUGCUGGGAUCCUCACGAUGACCCUUCUUAUCACUGUCUUGGAAGCUGUCAUCAUAGGUCUGAUUUUGAGGAUGCAGAGGGGAAAACUGCAGAGGCAAAAUAAAGACAUUUGGUGGCAAAUCAAUUAUGAUGACAUCACCAUUCUGCCCCAGAACAAGCUGUCCCAGAGAAGCUCACCUGUGUCAAGAGUGAACAACAGUAAUUCGUCUAGUGUGAUGAUUUCUAGGAACUUCAGCUCCUUUGUCAAGAGCCAGCAUGGGGAAGAGCUCUUUUAUGCCCUAGUAGGCUUGCUCCAGGGAAACUAUGUGGCCAUCUGCCAUGUCGGUGACCAAGCAGAAGCCUGGGUCAGGAAGCUGUCUGUGCUGCAGGAAAUCUGGCAGGGCAUGCAGUUCCUCCACAGGAACCCGCUGGGGUCCCACGGCAAUCUGAAGCCUUCCAACUGCCUGGUGGACGCUCAGAUGCAGGUGAAGCUGUCGGGAUUUGGGCUGUGGGAACUCAAGUACGGCUGGACAUAUAGAACAUAUAAUGAGAAAGCCACAGACCAGAGUGAGCUCUAUGGGACGGCCCCAGAGCUGUUGCGGCUCCCAGAGGUGCCGUGGUUGGGCUCCCCAAAGGGAGACAUUUACAGCUUUGCCAUUCUGAUGAGGGAGCUGAUCCACCAGCAGGACUGCGGGCCUUUCGAUGACCUUGAUGAGGCACCAAAAGAGAUCAUCAGCCAAAUCAAAGAGCCCACAGCCUCAGUUCCACUUUGACCUUCCCUGGCAGAGGAGAAGUGCUGCAGUAAAAAGAUCGUGGUCAUGGUGAGGGCGUGUUGGGAUGUCUCCAGAGAAAAGGCCCACUUUCGCUUCCAUCAAGAAAUUUUACGUGAAGCCUGUCCCAAAGGCCAUGUGAACAUACUAGACAAUAUGAUGAGCAAGCUGGAAGCAUAUGCCAAUCACCUGGAGGAGGUGGUGGAAGAGAGGACCAAUUAGCUGAUGGCAGAGAAGAGGAAGGUGGAUAAGCUUCUGUCCACAAUGCUGCCCAGCUUCACUGGAGAACAGCUCAGAGCUGGAAGUUCCGUGGAACCAGAAAAUUUUAAGUCCGUGACAAUCUUUUUCUCUGACAUUGUUGGAUUCACAAAACUGUGUUCUCUCAGCUCCCCCUUGCAAGUUGUAAAGCUCCUUAAUGACCUGUACAGUUUAUUCGAUCACAUCAUUAAAACUUAUGAUGUGUAUAAGGUUGAAACCAUUGGAGAUGCAUACAUGGUGGCUAGUAGACUUCCCAUCCACAAUGGAACCCAACAUGUGGGAGAGAUUGCCACAAUGUCCUUGCAGUUUCUCAGAGCCAACAUUCACUUCCAGAUUGGGCACAUGCCUGAAGAGAAGCUCAAGCUUCGAAUUGGCCUCCACACAGGCCCUGUGGUGGCUGGCGUGCUGGGAGUCACCAUGCCUAGAUACUGUCUGUUUGGAGACACUGUGAACGUGGCAUCCGGAAUGGAAAGUAGCAGUUUGUCUCUCCGGAUUCACGUCUCUCAGAGCACUGCAGGUGCCCUGCUGGCGCUGGGAGGGUAUGAUCUGCAGAAGAGAGGCACCACUCCAGUCAAGGGGAAAGGAGAACAAACAACUUUCUGGUUGAAAGGCAAAGCAGGCUUCACUAUUCCACUCCCUGAAUUUACUGAGAAAGAAGCUAAAUUCCCAGAGAUCUUCUGAGGUUUGAGCAAAACUAUUGUGUUCCUCUCUGAUUCCCAUAUCAUCGUUUGAAAGAUUGGACCCCCUACCUGGUGGCUCUGCCCUGG